AUGGCCGGGUCUCCUGCACGGUUCCUUCUGCUUGCUCUGGGGCUCUGCUGCCUUGGGAUCCAGGGCCAGGAGCACAAGAUGACGGCCAGGUUUCGUAACAGCAGCAUCACGCACCCCCGGCUGGGACAGCGGCUGGAGCUGGAGUGUCUGACCACCAACGACGACAGCGGUGUAUUCUGGGUCCGCCUGGACAAGAAUGGGACCCUUCACUUCAUCGUCUUCAUUUCCUCCCUGCCCCGGACCACCUUUGAGGGGAACAAGAGGACAUCCAGCCGCUUCGAGGCGACGAAAAGCAGGAGGUUCUACCAGCUGGUAGUGAAGUCUUUCAUGCCGGAGGAUGAGGGGAACUAUUUCUGCCUCAUGAACAGCAACCAAAUGCUGUACUUCAGCCAUGGCCAGCCUGCCUUCUUCCCAGUCACCACCACAGCAGCACCCACCACUCCAGCACCCACCACCCAGCACGGCAUCACCGAAAAGGACCCCUGCCUGAAGACCCUAAACCCAGAGACCAUCAAGGAGAAAGAGCUGAAUUUCUUUUGUGACAUCUUCAUCUGGGUUCCCUUGGCAGGUGCCUGCCUCCUGCUCCUCACUGCCCUGGCAGUCACCGUCAUGCUGUGUCAACAAACCAGAAGACGAAGAUGCAGAUGUAAAAGGCCUGUGAAUGGGAAGCCCAAUGCGAAACCCGGCAUGCCAAGCCGACAUGUAUAAACAUCUGCACCUUUUGGCUUCUGGAUCGUCUUCUGGGAGCUGUCACCACGUAAGCCCAUCACCUACGUUACCUAGAAUGCUACUCCUUCUCAUGCACUCCACAAAUUUGAAAAGACAAGAUGGAGCGGAGACACACGGGCAGCAAGCAGGCACUUUUUCUGUGAACUGCACGCUAAAGCACAGCUCCUUCCAAAACCUGAGGUUUUCAAAUUAAUUCCCGAGGCCAAACGCCAUCUCUAUUCCCAGUAUUCUCAGCUCUGCGGUUCAGGGAAAAGAAACAGGUCAGUCCUGAUGCUGACAUGUGUCAGCGAUAAGCUGAUGAGAAAUAAGGGUAUUAGCUGGGCCUUUGCUCAAGGGUGUGUGAUACUUCUUUUUAAAAUGCAGCCGAAAUUUGAAUUUACUACAAAAUGACUUGGAAAUAAAACGCCCUCACUUAACACACCCUCUUUUUGUGGUGCCACGUCUCUCCUAGGAGUUUUAUUGUUUCAUCUAAUGUAACACAAGGCUGCACCGAGAAGGUAAAAAUGGAGUAAAGGGCCUUAUUUUUUAGGUUCUUAGAGUCCUGGGGGUUAAGGUUUACUGUCUCCCUCUUGCUGUCCUUGUUCUGCUGCUAGCCCCACUUCCACCGGUUUCAGCAGGGGCUUUGCCUGAGCAA